AUGAAGCUCCUCUUCUGGCUGUUCUUCUCGAUGGCCCUUGUCAUCACCGAGGCUCACCUUUUGCCGAUCUGUAUGGGAGAAAGGUAUCGGUGUAAUGGAGUCUGCAUCCCGGAUGAUGAGCCCUGCGAUGAACUGGUCGAGGUGAAUGGACGUAUAGAAAUUCUCGGCCGCCACUGUUCUGUUUUUGUCAACAACGCCCUGCCAACCCCGGAUCUCGUCACGGCCGCUCUUCGUGAACAGCGCGUUGCGGGUGGUGUUGAUCUUGAUCGUGAAACGGAACGGCUCGACGUGACCUCCACCAACGCCUCAUAUCAGACUUCGCUGACCCCAUAUGCCGCCGCGGUUGAGAUCAUGAACAAAACGAUCAACGGACUCGGCGACGAGAACCUGCGCGAGAAGUUGGUGAUCGAGAAACUUGCUGCUAUCCUGCAAUCGGCCGAAAUCGUCCUCGACAAGAAGUUGCCCAAUUGGCGCGCCGACCACCCCUACCCUGCCGUCCCGGAGCCCAAGGACUAUAUGCGCAUCCUCGAUCCUGGCUCCCCGGACGCCGCCGUUGCUUUGGCUGCCCCCCAGGAGAAUGAAGCCGUCGUGCCGCCAGCCGACGUCGCUUUGGCUGCCCCCCAGGAGAAUGAAGCCAUCGUGCCGCCAGCCGACGCCCAGGCCAACCACCCCACCCACCGUCCUCUCCACUUCGAGCAUUUGUCUUUUGAAGAUGAGCCCGAGGAGUUCACCCCGUCUCCCCCGAGCUUCACGGCCCGCGACAUCGACGAG